AUGGCGGCCCGACCACCGAGACGACGAAGCCUCCGGCGUCCUAGAGAGGCACCGGAAGUGCGUCUCGGGGCGGUGUUGGCGGGCGUUUCCUGUCUCUGUGUUGGGGGAGCAGGGCGAGGCCCGGAGCCCGGGGCCCGGAUCGGAGCCGGAGCCCCAAACCCGGAGCCCAAAACCCGGAGCGCGGAGCGAGGAGCGGAACGGAGCGCGCAGCCUGUCCAGCAGGCCCUUGGCUUGGACGCUCCCAACCGCUCAGUACUCAGUGCCCUGCCCACGGUCAAUCCCAACCCGCUGUUGGCGCGGAGGGUCUUCUGUCCCGUGGAACACCACCGGCACGAGGCGGGGGGCGUUCAGACCAGCUCCUGGGGUGUUCGGGGAUCUUAUCCGUGGAUAUUUUCACCUCCUUCUGCGCCAUCCACCCCACGAGGCCCUGUCUCGCCUGAGGCUAGGAGGCCCGGAGAUGAGAAAAUGGCCACCGCCACCACCGCCAUCGUCCAAGCCGGGACUCGAGGGUCACUGACGUUUGAGGAUGUGGCCGUGACCUUCAGCCCCGAGGAGUGGAUGAAACUGGGGCACACCGAGCAACACCUCUACUGGGACGUGACUCUGGGGAACUACCAGAACCUCCUCUCCCUCGAUCGCCCUCCAGAAAGAACCAUCUGAUCCCAGUCGGAAGCUACAUAGCACGAACGCCACCGAAAUGGCUUUCGGGAUGGCCAGUCUCCUCCAGCAGAACGUGUCCAGCCUUCUAUAUAAAAAUGUUAAAGACAGGUGUAUUUACGGGUGAAUGUGUGUUUGAUUGUGUUCGUGUGUGUAGAGGUUUGGGAAUAAUUGGGCAGAGAAUGUUGCAAUAAUAAAUAAGAAAAAAUCUGUG